AUGCGUUUGCUAUUGGCUCUUAUAGCCCUGGUGGGCUGCACCUUAGCAGGUGUCUACCAGAUUCCUCUUGUGAAGAUCGAAUCACAGAGGGCGAAAAUGAUUCGCGAAGGAACCUGGGCUCGCCACGUGCAAAUGAAGAAUAUUGCUCGCUCUAUGACACAGUUGACGGCCAUAAAUGGACCAUACCAACAGAGGGUCAGCGACUUCGAUGACGAGGAAUACCUCGGGAACAUUACCAUUGGAACACCUGAGCAACAAUUCAGAGUGGUUCUCGACACGGGGUCGUCUAACCUAUGGGUACCCGACGUGACAUGCGGAAAAGGUGGUGGCGGAGGCGACAGCUGCGAUUCGAUGGGUUGCAAGAUCGGACCGCUCUGCCCGUUCCUGUGCAGGGACCAGACUUGCUGCAGAAGAGCAGGCUUCUCCGACACGUUCAUGCGAACCUACAACUAUGGUGAUGCAUGUGAUGGCAAGGACAAAUUCGACUCCUCGAAAUCAACUACGUAUGUGCGCCAGGGAAGAAGAUGGAACAUUCAGUAUGGUACCGGUUCGGCAUCAGGCUUCCUCGGUCAAGACACUGUUCGAUUCGGCUCCAUUGGUACGAACCAACUGGUCGUCAAAAAUACUGUAUUCGGACAAGCGACGGAGCUCGCGCCCUUCUUUGCCGGGCAACCAAUUGACGGUAUCCUUGGCCUGGCAUUCAAGAGCAUCGCCGAGGCUGGAGUCACUCCACCACUCAUCAACGCUAUACAACAGGGUUGCUCGAUCAACCUGUCUUCACAGUCUUCAUGA